AUAGGAUCAAGUAUCAACAAGACAGCAAGUUGAUGCUAUGUACUACACUAGUAUAUUAUUGUAUGGUUUAGAAACACUUGAAUAUAAUUCAACCACGUAUCACACUUACUUUACUACUUGUAGUUCCUCCCACAAUUAUUAUCUCAACAUUUCUGUUCAAUUCUGAGCAGCCCAGAUCCUGAUUUUGAACAAAGAUGAUCAGCCUACUGCUAUUUUCUCCUCUGCUAUUAUCCAAGAGUUAUGUGAGGAAACCAUUCAAUUCUAUUGAAGGGUUUUUAAAAAAUGGAAGGCGAUAGAGUAACAAGCCUGUGCUGCUAACCGUUUUUGGAGGGAAAACCAAUCCUUUUAAACAUUAUGUACGCACCUAAUAUUUCGAAGCUCACAUAAGGUGAUAACUGAUCUGGACAAAAUUCCACCUAGUUAUGUGUGGUUGAUUCUUUCUCUUCCCCGGACAUGCUUCUGGCUAUGUUUUUACCCUGGUCUCAUGCGGUGCAAGUUGUGAUCACUAUCAAUUUAGGGAUAUAAGAUUGGUGAACUUCUUGCAGGCCAUAGAAACCAAACUAUCUGCACAUACAUAAGGAAUCAUAUAUCAUAACUAUGUAUGAUCGUGCCGAUAAAGGUAAGCAGCCAAUGCAUCCUAAUCAAUCUCUGUGGAUGUCCCAUUGGUCGGCAGUUCAGGAGCAGAAUCAAAUUUCUACUUUGGUUCACGACAACGGUAUGAACCAGUUGCAUGUGCAGAAGGGAAAGGAGGUCACAUCUUACAUGUCUAGAUCUUCUGAAAAACGUACAGAGGUACAAGCCAUAGAUUUUGGAAUAUUGCAUGGUAACCAGGCAAUGAGUUCAAGAAAAGAGAGAGAUUAUAGACUGGACUCACUAGACUCUUCAACAGUCAAUCUUUCUCAAAAUAGGCACCAUACUUUGAACACUGAACAAGUACCCCCGCUUCUUUCAUUAGCUCCUCCAGGAACUGAAACUUCAUAUAUGGAAUCACAUAUUCAGCAAAAAACUAUUUUACAAUGUCCUAGUGACCUGGUGAAGUCUCAAAUGGUUUUGAGUAGCAGCUUAGCUUUCCCUGAGUCUUUGGCGGAGAACUUGAGUGGCACUGCGUCUCAUGUUUCAUCCCGAUUAUAUGAUCUAGGAGAAGGAAGACUUGAAAAUAGAAGCAAUUCUAAAACACCGUCCUUCGUUUGUAGUGUCGAAGAAAAUGGUAACCAUGUUAGAUCCAUACUGCCGUCAAAAAGAAAGUUAUCAGAUACUAACAUCAGGACAGUUGCAAAACAUGAGAAGUGCAGUAAUCAUUGUGCUGCUGGAUUUGUGUCUGAUGAUCUCUGUAUGAAAAAUAAUCAUCCACCAUCCUUUUGUGAAGAACGGUACAAGAGAAUGCAUAAUUGUUCUGGUAUCAAUUUGUUUCCAACCUAUUCUCAUGAUGCAAAUACUAUGAUGAUAUAUACUUCUGCUGAGGAUUUAGGCAAAUGCCCUCCCAGAUUUCAGGAAAUUCGUACAUUUCUUGUCACGGAAAAUACUGAUUCAUAUUUGCGGAAGGAAAAUCAAAGAUUUAGGGAUCCAGGACUUCUUGCUCUGCAGGAAAAUGUGCCCAUCAAAUGUUACAGCUUUCCCCAGCUUUUUGGUCCUGGUAAGCAGGGAGUACAGCUCCAGCAGCUGUCCUCAUCAGAUAGUGAAGGGAAAUAUAAUCUUCAUGAUGUCAAUGCUACUGAAGUUCUUUCAAAGAAUAAAUCAUCAGCUGAAGCUGACACAAUAUUUGGGAAAAAGAUUAACAAGAGACAUCUUUCAGGUGUAGAGCAUUCCUCCACAAAAAAGGAUGGCAAGGCAAACACAGAUAGACAGUGUCAUGAUCAUGCCACUUCAACAACUGGAGAAGAAGUUCAACCUCGCAAACGUCCUAUACCUGAAAUACCGGAUAUGAACUUAGAGCUACCUGCCGAGCCAGAUGAAGCAAGUGUAGUGGACAAUGCUGAAGCAAGCACAUCAAGAACUCGAAGUUUGGACAUAGAUUAUGAGCCAGAUACAAGUAGCAGAUGGAUUAAGCGUCUUAAGAUAAGUGAUUCAUCUAGCCAUUCUAUUGGUACAAAGAGCUUGAGCUUGGACGAAGCCACAUCUGAUAAAAAUCAAAACCAAUUUGUUAGCAAUGGUCUGAGAGGUGAAAAAGCCAACUCAAAUCCGGUGCCUUUAUCUGCUGGUAAAGAACUAAUGGUUCUAACUCAGAAAACAAAUCCACCAAGAACCGGCAGUUCCUGUUUAAAUGAUAAUUUUGAUGGAACAGACGGCACAAAACAGUUGCAUUCUUGGAUUCAGAGGUGGCAAAAAAAUCCAGCUACAGCUCAUGAGAAGCAGCCUGAGCCAGUUGUAGUAUGUGACCCACAGAGUUCCAAGGUAAGUCUAGAGGAGUUACAGAGGAAGCCGUUUGCGAGCAUAGCUGCAAUGGCCCUUUUGGGGAAGGGAUGGAGUGGCCUAAAAUGCCAGUAUCGAAAUGUUGGUCCACUUACAUUAUGGGAUUCCAAGGAUAUGUAAAAAUUCCUGUCCAAAGCACAUAUUACAAUAUAUGCAUGGAAACUAUGGUAUUGUGUUCUUGUUCUCAUAAUGGUCAUGGCAGAUCGAGUAUAGAAGGAAAUGGGUAUAUGGGCGAUCAGCAAAUCACAAGGAGCUUGUUUGUGAUUGGAUUGGAAGUCAUGGUUAAGCCGGUAGAGUUGUGCUUUUGUAUCAGAUCUAUGGUGCUAGUAUGUGCUUAUAUUUAACACUUUACAUGUUCUAAUCAAGUAC